AUGUUUGACACAACAGACAAUCCAAUCACUUCUCCAAAACGAAAAAAAGCCAGAAACAAGGAUACAGAAGAUAAUUCUUAUUAUGGACAAUUAAACAAACGAAAUAUAAACAAAGUGACUUUUGGAAAUUACGAAUUUUCAGCGUGGUACGGCAAUGCAGCGUAUUUCCAUCCCCAUGAUUUAUCUCAUUCUAGUUUGGGAUACGUAUACGCUAAUAAGGUAGCCAUGGAAGGAUCUGGGGCUAGAAAGAUACAUAAAAAAGACAUGUUUGAUGAAACUUUACACGAAUUUUGGUUGGACCAUUUAUACGUUUGCGAAUAUUGUUUCAAAUACUCAUCUCAAGAACACGAAUUAAAUUUGCAUGUGGCCAAGUGUCAGCAAAAUAGGACAAGACCUAAUUUGGGAAAAUUAAUGUACAGAGAUCAGAAGAAUGGUUAUAUUAUUAGAGAGAUUCGAGGGUUCCAAAAUCCAUUGUUUUGCCAGAAUCUAUGUUUGUUUGGGAAAUUGUUUCUUGACGAUAAGUCUAUCUACUAUAACAUUGAUCAUUUUAAUUUCUACAUUAUCUACGGAAAGGAUGAUUACUCGACGAACUAUAUACCAAUGGGUUUUUUCUCCAAGGAAGUAUUGUCGUAUGAAAACGAUAUAAAUUUGGCAUGCAUAUGUGUUUUCCCGCCGUUCCAAAGAAGACAUUUGGGGUCAUUGUUGAUUGAUUUCCUGUAUCAACUUGCACGAGUUACACCAGGCCAGUAUUAUGGUAGUGGGCCCGAAUAUCCGCUUUCCCCAUAUGGAAAAAUGACAUAUUUGCGAUAUUGGUCCAAAAGAAUAGUAAGAGUAAUUGAUGAGUCGCAAGAGAGCUUUACAUUAAAUGAUUUGUCAAGGCUUACUGGGUUUAGAAAAGAAGAUAUACUACUAUCGUUGGAAUUUAUGGGUGUAUUGGUUAGUGAUAGCACAACAGGCGAUGUUUCUCUUUGUAUUGAUAACUUGAAACAUUGGAAGAAAGAGAAUCAUUACGAUCCAUAUAAAGAAUUGGAUGCCUUAGAUACCAGUUGUCUAAUUAUAUGA